CGAGAGAUCCCAGCGCGCAGAACUUGGGGAGCCGCCGCCGCCGCCGCCGUCAGCUGCCGCCGCCGCCGACGACGACAGCUGCCGCCACCGCCGAAAGACCGGCCCCUACCCCAGCCUCGGUAACAGCGCCGCGGCUACACCGGCCGGCGGCGAGGGCGAGCCUGCAGACCCCACCUGCGCUUUCCACAGUGUGCACCGCGCCCCGCAUGUGACCUGGCCAGGCCCCCGAGAGGUGUCCCCCGCAGCUCCAGCCCCAGGCUGCGCCCACCCGCCCCAACACCAGCUCUCCAGCCCGCCGGUUCGGGAUGGCGGCAGCCAAGGCCGAGAUGCAGCUGAUGUCCCCACUGCAGAUCUCCGACCCCUUCGGCUCCUUUCCACAUUCGCCCACCAUGGACAACUACCCUAAGCUGGAGGAGAUGAUGCUGCUGAGCAAUGGGGCUCCCCAGUUCCUCGGUGCCGCCGGAGCCCCCGAGGGCAGCGGCGGUAACAGCAACAGCAGCAGCAGCAGCGGGGGCGGUGGAGGUGGAGGGGGCAGCAGCAACAGCAGCAGCAGCAGCGCCUUCAACCCUCAGGGGGAGGCGGGCGAGCAGCCCUACGAGCACCUGACCGCAGAGUCUUUUCCCGACAUCUCUCUGAAUAACGAGAAGGUUCUAGUGGAAACGAGUUACCCCAGCCAAACCACUCGGCUGCCCCCCAUCACCUAUACUGGCCGCUUCUCUCUGGAGCCUGCACCCAACAGUGGCAACACCUUGUGGCCUGAGCCCCUCUUCAGCCUGGUCAGUGGGCUCGUGAGCAUGACCAAUCCGGCCACCUCGUCCUCAGCACCAUCUCCAGCGGCCUCUUCCUCCUCUUCUGCCUCCCAGAGCCCACCCCUGAGCUGCGCAGUGCAAUCCAACGACAGCAGCCCCAUUUACUCAGCGGCACCCACCUUCCCCACGCCUAAUACUGACAUCUUCCCCGAGCCACAGGGCCAGGCCUUUCCAGGCUCAGCAGGCACCGCACUUCAGUACCCACCUCCUGCCUACCCUGCUGCCAAGGGUGGCUUCCAGGUCCCCAUGAUCCCUGACUAUCUGUUUCCACAACAGCAGGGGGACCUGGGCCUGGGCACCCCAGACCAGAAGCCUUUCCAGGGUCUGGAGAGCCGAACCCAGCAGCCUUCGCUCACUCCACUCUCUACUAUCAAGGCCUUUGCCACGCAGUCGGGCUCCCAGGACCUGAAGGCCCUCAACACCACCUACCAGUCCCAGCUCAUCAAGCCCAGCCGCAUGCGCAAGUACCCCAACCGGCCCAGCAAGACACCCCCCCACGAACGCCCCUACGCCUGCCCGGUGGAGUCCUGCGACCGGCGCUUCUCCCGCUCAGAUGAGCUCACCCGCCACAUCCGCAUCCACACGGGCCAGAAACCCUUCCAGUGCCGCAUCUGCAUGCGCAACUUCAGCCGCAGUGACCACCUCACCACCCACAUCCGCACCCACACGGGCGAGAAGCCCUUCGCCUGUGACAUCUGUGGCAGAAAGUUUGCCAGGAGCGAUGAACGCAAGAGGCAUACCAAGAUCCACUUGCGGCAGAAGGACAAAAAAGCAGACAAAAGUGUGGCCUCGGCGGCCGCAUCCUCUCUCCCUUCCUACCCGUCCCCGGUGGCUACUUCCUACCCGUCCCCGGUCACUACCUCUUACCCUUCCCCAGCAACCACCUCAUACCCGUCGCCCGUGCCCACCUCCUACUCCUCUCCCGGCUCCUCGACCUACCCAUCCCCCGUGCACAGUGGUUUCCCAUCACCCUCGGUGGCCACCACGUACGCCUCGGUUCCUCCAGCUUUCCCCACCCAGGGCAGCAGCUUUCCUUCCUCAGCUGUCACCAACUCCUUCAGCGCCUCCACAGGGCUUUCGGACAUGACGACAACCUUUUCUCCCAGGACAAUUGAAAUUUGCUAAAGGGACAGGAAAAAGGGAGCAAAAGAAACACUUAAAGAGACUCAAAGGACAGGAGGAGGAGUUGGCCAUGGGAAGGGGUUCCUCUUAGGUGGGAUGGAGGUUCACAGAGCCACAUCCUCCCCCUCUACUUGACCCCAAGGUCACCAUGGAAGGUCUGUUAGCCAACAAUUCUUUCUGCCCACUUCCCUUUCCUCCGCAGUUCCUACUCCCUUUGACUUCAGCUGCCUGAAACAGCCAUGUCCAAGUUCUUCACUUCUAUCCAAAGAACUUGAUUUGCAUGGAUUUUGGAUAUAUCAUUUCAGUAUCAUCUCCAUCGUAUGCCUGACCCCUUGCUCCCUUCAGUGCUAGAAAAUCAAGUUGGAAAAAUGGGCUUUGGGCCCCUCAGAGCCCAGCCCUGUACCCUUGUACAGUGUCUAUGCCAUGGAUUUUGUUUUUCUUGGGGUAUUCUUGAUGUGAAGAUAAUUUGCAUACUCUAUUGUAUUAUUUGGAGUUAGGUCCUCAUUUUGGGGGGAAAAAAGAAAAGCCAAGCAAACCAGUGGUGAUCCUUUAUUUUGUGAUGAUGCUGUGACGAUUAAGUUUGAAGCUUUUUUUGAAACAGCAGUUCUCGGUAUUAAUCAGAGCAUGUGUCAGAGUGUUGUUCUGUUAACCUUUUUGUAAAUAUUGCCGGACUGUACUCUCACAUGUGGCAAAAUAUGGUUUGGUUUUUCUUCUUUUUUUCUAAAAAUGGGUUUUUUGUUUUUUUUUGUUUUUUUUUUUUUUGUCCUUUUAGUUUAAAAAGUUUCACGUCUUGGUGCCUUUUGUGUGAUGCGCCUUGCCGAUGGCUUGACAUGUGCAAUUGUGAGGGAAGUGCUCACCUCUAGCCUUAAGGGGGGCAGGGAGUGAUGACCAGGGGAGGCUUUGGGAGCAAAAUAAGGAAGAGGGCCGAGCUUGGCUUCAGCUCUCGAGAAUGUAAGCAAACAAAAAUCUAAAAAUCUGAACUCUCAAAAGUCUAUUUUUUUAACUGAAAAUGUAAAUUUAUAAAUAUAUUCAGGAGUUGGAAUGUUGUAGUUACCUACUGAGUAGGCGGCAAUUUUUGUAUGUUAUGAACAUGCAGUUCAUUAUUUUGUGGUUUUAUUUUACUUUGUACUUGUGUUUGCUUAAACAAAGUGACUGUUUGGCUUAUAAACACAUUGAAUGCGCUUUAUGGCCUAUGGGAUAUGUCGUGUAUAUCCUUCAGAAAAAUUAAAAGGAAAAUAAAAUA